AUGUCACCAACAACCACCCUUACCACCUCCGCCCGCCCUCUCCUACACACCCCCUCCCCUCUAACCCUCAUCGUUGCUACAACCCCGAUAACAAUGUCCACUCUCAAUGCUAAUGCUCCUUCUAACUUCACACGCCGCUGCCUAGGUAUCGGCCAUGCGGGCACCCUUCCUUGGCCCAGCAUUAAAGCAGACAUGAAAUUCUUCUCACGAGUCACAACCCAUGCGCCUCCCCACUCAUUGCCAUCAUCACUAGACAGCACAGGCACAGGAAGGGCCGUGAAUGCUGUAAAUGCAGUAAUUAUGGGGCGAAGAACAUAUGACUCACUUCCCACGCGCUUUCGGCCGCUGCCGGGCCGUGUGAAUGUUGUCGUGACGCGGGAUGGGUCAGGGAAAGAGAAGGAGAGGAUUGAGGGGGAGUGGAGGGCAAUGAGGGAGAGGGAAAGGGAGAGGAAGAGGAGAGGAGAUGGUUUGAGUGCUAGUGGUGGUGAUACAUCUACAUCUACGACAAUAGUUAAGAAUGAUAUUGAAACCCCCGAUAUCCUUAUAGCGAAUAGUCUCGAGUCAGCUGUGACAGCACUUUAUGAUGCAUUCCAAACCAGUACUGAUGACAGCUAUGCUGUACUCCCCGGACCCCUCUCCCACAACUCCACCCGCUACCUCGCAAAUACCUUCGUAAUUGGCGGCAGUGAGAUAUACGCCUCUGCUCUUAACCUUGACUGCAAGCUGGAUGCCGGUGUUCCUGAUGGCCAAAGACAAGGUAUCAGGAUUGUCAUGACAGAUAUAAGGCGAUUUCCUGCUGCAUUGAAUGAUGCUACUGAUGAUGGAGCUACAGCAACCUCAGUGAAUGGAGUGGAGGACUCUGUGAACGGUUUUGAAUGUGAUACAUUUUUCCCACUUGAUGAGGAUGAACUGGAGCGCGGAGAUGGAGAGUGGAGGAGGGUGAGCAGCCAGGAGGUUUCCGGGUGGGUUGGGGUGGAGGUGAAGGAGGGGUGGGUGCAGGAAGGGGAGGUUGCGUUGAGGAUCCUGGGGUUUGAGAGGAGGGGGGUGAGAUAG